ACUGAUAGUCAUGUCACUCAACACUACAUCGGUCAAGGACGAUUCCUUCGAGCUAUACGAUCUGAGAGUGGAAGUGAUCUGUCCACCCAACGAACGCAUAAUGUGCGGAGCUAAAGAGGGAGAUCAUUUCACACUUCAAGGGGAGACGCUCUAUCUACCUCCCAAUCAGGGCUUUUCGAUAUAUUCGCUGAGCGCAGUUCUACCUUUACUAGCAGCGAAGCAACGAGUGACUCAUCCAAACGAUUGGAUGUCCACCGAUGCAGAAAUUGCUUGUCCAGACCCUAAUUGCAAGUCUAGGCUUAGAAUUGAGAGGACAGGAGUAAGAAAAUUCAGCCACGCAGAUGUUACGGUGGUUCCCCGGCCAAAGUAGGAAAUUUUUCUGCGUUAUGACCUAUGUAGUUCAAUGGAGUAAAUAUUCACCU